GUGCGCCUUACAACACUAGGCCGUUUCAUUGAAGUCUGUCGCCACGUAAAGAAGUGGUCCGAGAUUAGUUUCGAAAUUGUUAACUCAUAAUUAUAACACUAGCAAUGGCUCCAACGCAGAAGGGCAAACAGGGCACGAAAGGUGCGAAGCAAAUAGUCGAAGAAAACAAGACCACAUUAGCAUUUUAUAGGAACAUGGCCAUUGGCUGCGCUGCACCUGCUCUUCUAUUGAGCUUUCUAGUCUUCGAGUUCACCAAAGUCACAAUCUUUAUGUACGUCCUUUCGUUGGCGAUCCUUGGUGGUGCCUACCAGUUUAUGGCGUUUAUGUCACAAGCAAAGUUCUCGGAGACCGGAGCUCUACUAGACUCGGGCAACGAUCUGAACAUGGAGGGCGGCAUAGCGGAAAAUGUCAAGGAUCUGAUCAUCCUUACGUCUGGCACGUUACUGAUGGCCCUCAUCUCAAACUACUUCUGGCUGGUGCUGCUUCUGGCCCCCAUACGCGCCGGCUGGAUGCUCUGGGGCUCCUUCAUAAAGCCAUGGCUUGCCCAGCGAAAUGCCCAAGAGGAGCCCGAGCUGGACGAAAAGAAGCAGAAGAAAAUGGAGCGCAAAAUGCGUCGCAUGAGAUAGGAGGCAGCAGAAUCAACUUUCAGUUAACUAUCGGUUGGGGGUCCUCUGGGGCUGGCUUAAAUAUGUUUAUAUGAGAUUUUACGCUUAGAUAUUGCCUAGGACUAUGUAGAUGUGGGUGUGUGCGUUUCCAAAUUAUCCAAAAAUGUUUAGCAAAUUAAACUAGAGACAAAAGACGAUCCCCACAAUUUCAGCUACUUGAAGCAUUUGUGCGAUUUAAUUUUUGGUGCAUUUUUUAGAGUGAACAAACCAGAACAGCUUUAUAUAACGCCACCUCUCCAGAAAAGGCCCACAGACUACUACAUAUAAUUAAUUUGUUCUGCGAACGUUCGUCCUGUCGUGGUGUGUGCAUUGUAAAUACAUAUACAUUACGAUAUUGUUUAUAAAUAAAUGUGUGCUUGAGUGCAGCAGGAA